AACUCCACACCUCCUCAGCAAAAAGAACCAAAAAAAAAACCAAAAACCUCGAAAACCUCGAAAUCGAUAAGGAAAAAAGAAAUCGGCAAUGGCCAACGACAAGACGGUGAUGGCUAUCAUCAGGGCAGCGAGGCCGUCCUUCCGCAACAACCACGACAAGAUCGCCUUCGCGGUACAUGCUUCCUUUCUUGCCUCCGGCUACGUUCUCACUGCCACCGGACCCGCCGCCUUCUCCGACACCGCCUUGUCCUCUCCGUCCACUGAUGAGGUGGGCAUGGACAACUGGCAGGAGUUAGACGACGAGUAUGCGUUCGUUUACACGAACCCUGAGAAGGGUUCGAAGAAGGUGCUGGUAAAGUGCCUUACGAUGCACGAUAAGUUACUGGUCGAUGCUCUUGCUGACGGGGCUGCCGAGCCGGUCCAUCUACAAAUUAGUGUUGGAGAUUAUGCUGUAGAAAACGGGGGCACCAAUUCUUCUUCGCAAUUCAAGAAUCUGGAGGAGCUGGUAAAGAUUCUGGAUGCUCAACUUUUGUCUAAAUUGGACGGUUCUUCGCAACCCAGUUCAUCAAGUAAUUCUUCAAGUUUGGAGACCAGUGAAGCAUCAAGAAGUAACAUAAUCAUUGGUGCUCCCUAUCCUUCAGGAAUCCCAUAUCCUCCUGUUAAUCCCAUUGGUGGUAGUGAUCUCUUUCCUGGGUCUGGUGCUGGAAUACACCCAACCAGGGGUGAUUUUGGAAUUGGUGGGAGCAUGCUUCUAGUAGGACCCAAUGAUCCUUUCUGGCUUGGUGGAGUUCGGGGAGAUCCUGGUUUCCCUGGAGGACAACCGGGUGUACCUCCAGGUGCUCGUUUUGAUCCCUAUGGUCCACCUGGUGUUCCUGGUUUUGAGCCUAAUCGUUUUGCAAGAGCCCCACGGAGGCCUGGGAGGGGGACACAUCCAGACCUGGAACAUUUUGGGGGCGGUUCAGAUUUCAUUUAGAACUCUUUCAAUUAACUUUGUUUUCUCGCCCCUCUUCUACUUUAUGUAAACUUGUGGAAUUUCAGCCCUAACGAGACGUGCCCCUUUUAUCCAGCUAUGUAUGUAAUUCUCCCUAAUUUUGUUUGUUUUGGGGCUAACAGCUUGAUAUUAUUUAUUAUAAUAACUAGAGUUAAAGUUGUGCAAAA